GUAUCAGGAAGCGAUGAGGAGACAAAAGAUAUGGAUGAAGAAAUGGAGGUGCAAGGUUUUAAAAAAUAUGCGAAAUUAAUUCUACCACAUGUUGGACUUGUAGUUCUCACAUGUGCUUAUACAAUACUUGGUGCCUUGAUUUUUUAUAGUGUCGAGCAUCCUAAUGAAAUGUUAACGAAGCGACACCAGUUAGAUAUGAUUUAUAAUCGUCAAGAGGAAUUCGUAAAUUCGUUAUUGAAAUUAUCACAGUCGAAUGAAACUCGUUCUGAAAUUUGGAUAAAACUUACUCACGAACAUAUGCACAAUAUGAGCGAUCAUUUAUUCACUGCAUUUGAAAAAUUUUUCUUGACAUCUACCGAAGUUCGCAUGAAUGAUACUAUUCAAAUUUGGUCAUUUUCUACAUCGAUUUUUUUCGCAGUUACAGUCGUAACAACUAUUGGCUAUGGAAAUCCAGUACCAGUAACGCGUUUCGGUCGUAUGAUGUGUAUUGUAUUUUCUUUGUUUGGCAUACCGUUAACGCUUGUGACAAUCGCUGAUAUUGGCAAAUUUUUGAGCGAGCAUCUAAUAUGGAUCUAUGGGCAUUACUUAAGGCUAAAGAAAAAAAUGUUGCGCAUGCACAAACGUAGGCAUAGACAAGAGCGCGUAUGUGAACAAUGCCAACGGCAAGGAAUAUCAGCUGGUAUGCAGCUUAUUGAAGAACAGAGAAUUCCGGCAUUUCUUGUAUUAACGAUUCUCGUAUUAUAUACAGCUCUUGGUGGAAUACUGAUGUCCCAUCUUGAACCUUGGAGUUUCUUCACUUCAUUUUAUUGGUCUUUUAUUACUAUGACAACAGUUGGUUUCGGUGAUCUUAUGCCUCGAAGGGAUGCUUAUAUGUAUGUGAUUCUUCUCUACAUUAUUCUUGGUUUGGCAAUCACUACUAUGUGCAUUGAUUUGGUUGGUGUACAGUACAUAAGAAAAAUCCAUUAUUUUGGGCGUAAAAUUCAGGAUGCUCGUUCAGCCCUUGCAGUGGUUGGCGGAAAAGUUGUUUUAGUAUCAGAACUGUAUUCAAAUUUGAUACAAAAAAGAGCGAAAUAUCAAAGCCGAGAAGCUUUUAUAAUUGAGAAUCUUUAUAUAACAAAGCAUAUAAUCCCUUUUAUUCCAUCCGAUAUUCGAUGGAUCAGAUACAUCGAUCAGAAUACGGACUCGCUUUCUUCUUCAUCGACGAGCCUUGAAGUACAAUCCUGUAGAUUCUGCCAUUCACGGUUUAGCAUAUCACAUCAUACAUGA